CAUAGAAAUCACACGAGUGUUGUUGUGAUACCUAACCAUGAAGUAUCUCAUUCUGUUAGCCUUGGCAURCGUGGCCUAUGCAGCCGAUGACGAUGAGUCGAUGGCAUUGAAUUAUCUAAGCAAAUACCACUACAUUUCACCAUCAAGAUCUGGAAACCACGAUGUUCAAACCGCCAUUGAAAACUUCCAACGUUUUGCUGGUCUUCCAGUGACUGGAAAAGUUGACGAUGCUACCGUUCGUCAGAUGAAGAAACCACGAUGUGGAAUGCCUGAUGUCGACGACGACGGGACGCGUAUCCGAAGGUACAAAUUGGGAAGUAAAUGGAGAAAGAAGCAUUUGACUUACUUUGUUGAACAUGGACGAGAUUUAUCCCAAAGUCUUCAAGACAGGAUCUUUGCAAAAGCUUUAAAGUACUGGGCUGAUGUUUCUGGAUUAAGCUUUUCCAAGGCUUCAAGUGCCAGAUCUGCGGAUCUUAAGAUAAGCUUUGGUAGCAGAUCUCAUGGAGGAAAUAGCGAAAGACGAUGUGCAUAUCCGUUCGACGGUCCUGGUAAGGUUUUGGCUCAUGCUUUYUUYCCUAGYGAUGGUCGUGCUCACUUUGAUGAAGAUGAACGGUACACUGACGGUACAAGCAGUGGAACAAACUUACUUUGGGUCGCGACACACGAAUUUGGACACUCCCUUGGAUUACAUCAUAGUGACGUCARGAACGCUGUUAUGUAUCCCUACUACACUGGAUACGUCCCUAACUUCAGACUUCAACAAGAUGAUAUUAAUGGCAUCCAGGCUCACUAUGGAAGAAACACCGGAGGAGGUGGAGGUGGCGGGGGAGGUUCAGGGUCGUGCGUUGACAACAACAAAGACUGCCAUCUUUGGAAACACUUGUGUAAUUCAAACGAUUACGUGAAGAAGAACUGCGACAAGUCGUGCGGACGUUGCGGAGGGUCGUGCGCUGACAACAACAAAGACUGCCAUCUUUGGAAACACUUGUGUAAUUCACACGAUUACGUGAAGAAGAACUGCGACAAGUCGUGCAAUCGUUGUUGAGGAUCAUCAUAAAGAAGAAAUGCACAUCCUUUUUUGAUGUCAUUAAUAAAAUGUUCUACAAAUACG